AUGAUAAAAAAAUACAAUUUAAGCAUUUUUAAUAACUUGUUAUUCAUGUCAAAGCCAACGUUGAGAAUGGUUUAUAGACCACCAUUAAAAACACUGACACCUCGUCGAUUAAUAACAAGGACACAACCAACACAGUCACAGUCACAACUGCUAUCACAGCCACAGCCACAGUCACUAUCACAACUGCAGACACUGCAACCAACACAGUCACAACCACUGCAAUUAUCACAGCCACAGACACCACAACCAACACAGUCACAGUCACAACUGCUAUCACAGCCACAGUCACUGCCACUAUCACAACUGCAGACACUACAACCAACAGAGUCACAACAAAAUUUACCAAUCCAAUUGUCGUUUAAUAUUAAUGAUGUUGAAAGACCAACUAGAAUAACGGAAUCACAAUUUUUCAUUAACACGACAUUAAAUGACGGAGAAACAGUUUAUCAGCCAAAGGCAGAUAUUGUUAGCUCUCAAAUUGCUUCACAUUUAAUGGAAGAAUGUUUCUCAUUUAAUUGUAUUGAUUUCGGUAGCGAAAAUUCAAUUACUUCAUCUUUUUCUGAUGAAAAAAAUGUUUGGGAACGCCAGUUUAAUUUACAUACUUGCAAGUUUCUUACUGGUUUUGAACUUGAAGAACUUGUUAACCUAUUUGAUAUCAUUGUUAGCAAUGCCACGUUUACAAAAGAAAACACGUUCAAACAAAAAGGAGUGAUUGAUCAAACGCUUUUUAAACAACACAAAAAGUCGAAACUUGCAUAUCAUGAACAAUUUGUGUUGAUGUUGACAUUUUUCCAUACAAAAACGACACAUGUUGAAUUAUAUGAACUCCUUUAUGGUAUGGAUACAACAAAAAAUAAAAACACGAAAAUAAAAUUUAUUUCAGAUAAUUUAACUAAAGCCAUAAUUAAAUUUCAUCCAAAAAUAUACAAAUCUUUGAUAUUAUCAGUUCAAAAUAUACCAGAAACUCAAUUAGAACACGUCGCUGUAAGAAAAAAUCCAUUAUAUUUAAAAAUAGAACCCAAAUUAAAAAACACAUACUAUAUUGUGGAUGGUAGAGACCAACCAAUACCGACUCAACGUGUCUCCAAAGUUAUUCAAAAAGACUAUUACUCAUUUAAAAGUAAUUCGAGUUCAAUGAGAACACAAGUUUUUGUCAACAGAAAUGGUUUUGCAGUCCACGUACAAGAGUCCACACCCGCAUCAGUACACGACUCGACUUCUGUAAAACAGGAUUUGUUAAAUGUUUUGUUUUAUGGAAACAAAUUGUUUCUUGGUGAUGGGGGAUACGCUGGAUGUUGCAAGUGUGUUUACCCAAUUACAACUUCAUCCAAGAAAAAAACAUACAGUUUCGAUGCAACCACGUUAUUGAAGGUAGAAGGUUUACAAGAAAAAUUACAAGGAAGAUUUUCUGGUUUGAUUGUCCAAGGUGUGUUUACUGGCAAAUUUGAGAGUACCUCUGGUUUGAAUAAAGUGUGUUUUUCCAAAUGUGUAUUUAAAACAAACUACAACAUUGAUGACAACAAUGAAUUUUCGUUUGUCAAUAAUGGUGUUGUAAAGAAAGGGUCGCUUAAUGGAAUCUCUCAAUUCAAUAACACCAAAUUUAAAAGACAAUUAUUGAAGGUUUAUCAUGGUAAAGUCUUACUUGAACUUAGAAACUCGUUUAUUUCGAGUUGUAGAAUUGUGGUUGAAAAUCACUUUGCUCGUUUGGUCACCUGUUUUCCAAGAAUGGAUGCAGUUUGGAACAAUAAUUUAACCCUUUACAAACUCUCAGUUCAAAUUUGUCAUGGUCUAACAAACUAUUUAAUUUCUUUAAAACCUUUGAGAGACCCCAUUGGUGAUGAAACAAAAUUGCCAAAAACGGCAAAGAAAUGUCUCCAAAUUUUGAAUAGAGUUGAAGAAAUAAACUAUUCAACUGAAAGUGAUGAUUGUUUCCUUUUUGAUGAAAGUGAAAUCAUUUGA